AUUUAUUUCUUCUCUCAGGUCAAGUGUGAGCCUAUUAUGUUUCAUCCUGGGCAAAUUCUAGACCGGUUUAUCAGCUGUAAAUUUGUCUAACUGAGCUACAUCUGUUGACCGCAGUGCUCCUUGCGAACAUGUCGUUUAAUAGAAUGUCUUCAUCUACAUUUAUCCUACAUCUCUCUCUUGAUGGUACAGCCUUCCUAUUUCAGUGCUUCAAAGGCCCUCAAAGAACAGCUGGCAUCUAGAGUUCAGGCAAGCUCCGCAAUGAAUGGAGAAGUUGCAACAUGUCCAAUUCCUUCCGAAGGCCCUGAUGAUGUACAGAUGUCUGAAGAAGCCAGAGCACGGUGUGGAAUCCCUCCUGUACCUAUAGUCAAAAUUUUGAAGCGCCCCUCCCAGCGGCAGAACUCUUCAAUGGGUGGGGGGGAUGGCCUUUUACUUAAUGGUGAUACCUCAAAACCUAGAUUUCCUAUUAAAACUCUUCAACAGCGAGAGGAAGCGUAUGCUCAGGCUCGGUUACGGAUCCUAGGUGAAGCUCAAAGUCCAGAUGAAGAUCUCCCUCAAGAUGAAGAAAAAAUAAUUUCGAUUGCUAGAAUUUUGAACAAAGUAGAAUUAGGCACACCAAAUUCGAGGUUAAACAACGAAGAAGGACAAGAUUCAGGAGAUAAAGUUGCAGUAGACAUGUGGGAAUCCAGUAUACCUAGUAAUAAUACAAUUUCUAAUUUAAGUAGUUCUGAAUUUCCUCCUUUGCCGACAGAUAACACUGCAGCAUGUUCUAGCAACUUAUACAAUGUCAACUCUUUAAUUCAGUCCAAGAAUGAGGAGACAGCACAGUCUACUCGUGUUAGUGAAUCAAAUAUUAUUCGACAACCUAGGGGCCCCAGCGAAACGAAUGGCUUUUCAUUGCAAAGAUAACACCAUUUCUCUCAUUGCUUCUUCCCACGUCCAUCAUUUUCUCUCAGUCUAUUUUAUCUUUUCAAGUAUAUUUUUUCGGCGACAAAAUUAAUUAACCUCAUAUCUGUUUGUGUAUCCGUGUAUAUUGUACAAGGUUAUUUUCUUUCUUUUUUUCUUGAAUAUAUGUGUAAGUUUUUAUUA